AUGCGUCUCUUGCACUUGUUGCCCUUAGGGCUAGCAACUUGCGUUUCUGCGCAGGCUCUAACCACAGUACUGACUGAAAACAAUGCCACAUUGAGCACUCUGAGCACGCUCCUUGCGCUUGUGCCCGAUGUUGUACAAACACUAUUGGAAGCCCAGAAUAUCACCAUCCUGGCUCCAUCAAACACAGCAUUUGCCAAUCUAAUGGCCAGGAACCCGAGGUCGGUCGAACUGAUGAGCAAUCCCAGGGCCCUUGCAGGGGUUCUGCAAUAUCAUGUCUUGGCUGGGAGGUUAUUGUCGAGCGGCUUCAUGACGACACCAAAGUUUCCUGCCACUUUACUCAUGGCGCCGUUUGCCAACGUCACCGGUGGUCAGAAGGUGGUGCUUGCGAUGGUGAAUGAUACGGCCAGGGUGUUCUCGGGAUACAAGCAGAUGGCUUCGGUUGUUACCGCGGAUGUCCAAUUCGACGGCGGCAACGUCGUGCACGUCAUCGAUACGGUUCUCACCGUCCCCGCAACGCCGGCACAAACGGCCAUCAACACGGGGCUUACAUCACUGGCUGGGGCCUUGACAAACGCCGGCCUAGUCGGUCCGGUCAACUCGCUCACCGACGCUACCAUCUUUGCACCAUCCAACGACGCCUUCGAGGCCAUCGGUUCUGCGCUGGGGGUGAUAUCUCCGCAAGACCUUGCCAGUAUCCUUGGAUACCAUGUCGUGGCGCAGCAAGUCCGGUUCAGCACCGACUUGCUGAGCGCGGACCAGAUGACGCUCUCUACCUUGCAGGGACAAAACAUCACGGUCCGCAGGGACGGUGGGCAGUUGUUUGUCAACUCGGCAAGAGUGCUGAUUGCGGAUAUCUUGACCACCAACGGAGUGGUGCAUGUCCUGGACAACGUUCUCAAUCCCUCGAAUACAACCGUCGUCCCGGACUCGGCUGCUGCCACACAAGCUCCGGCGUUCGCUGGUGUGUCCUCGGUGACAGAAUCGCCGUUCACUUCGGGCAUCACGCCUACGGCGACAUUUGUUCCCGCUUCGUUUGCCCGGCGCAAACAAAAGAUCCUCUCGGACCUGGCCGUGCCCGAGGACCGGUACAGCGACGCCUCACCCAAGGGUACCGUCGACGCUGGCAUCCGGUCGCUGAUUGACGCUAUCAAUGCCCGUGCGGGUCUGGUCACGACCAGCAGCUGUGCUGGCCGCGUCUCUGUGUACCUUGAAGGGGGUAAGGGGAAACGACGGACUGCUCCUCCCGUGCUCGGUCAUCAGCCGGGUGUCGGUGGUGAGGGGGAGGAUGGGGAUGGCAAUAGGAAUGAAGCGACGGUGCCGGCGUCUGUGCAGGGGACUGGUGCUUCGGCCGGGGGGAAAGGCGGCGGGGAGUGGCUGUUUGUUUCCCACGAUCCGGUGUCUAUUGAGUCUUUGGAAAAGGAAGGGGGUUUAGGCGCUGUGCUGGGUCUGGAGUUGGAAACGGAGGUUGGUCCCGGUGCCCUGACCGGCCGGACUGAAGAGCCAGCGAGGUUGAUUCACUUCAAGUUUGAACCGAUGAUCCUGCAUAUCUUGACCGCCUCGCUUGAACAUGCCCAGCUGGUCAUUCAAGCGGGCAUGGAGGCGGGCUUCCGCGAGACCGGAGCCGUCAGCCUGCUCAAGCGGCAGCCAGACGAGGAAGCAACGCCCAUGGUGGCUGUGCGCUGCAUGGGCCUGGCCUUUGAGUCGCUUAUUGGGAUGGAGGUGGACGGCCUUCGUCGGUCUAUCGUCUCGCCGGAGUAUCUCAGAAUGCUCCUCAAGAUAGCAAACGAACGGUUUGUCGAGAACCAAAAGAGGAUUUCCAGGUUUAGUGCGGCCCUGGAGGACGCUUUCGCCACGCCCAAGGGGAAAGAGAACUGGGAGGAUGCGCAAGCAAGGAGAGAACGUAAGAGGCAAGAGGGCCUCCGGCAGAAAGACGAACUCGGAAAAGAAAAGAGACAGCCUGUAGAUGAGCCUAGCCUAGACCUCAUUCUACAACAACCAGACGUUCUCUAG